CUGCAUCUGUAGCUAUAGCUGAGCUAGGCUAAUGGAAAAAAAAAGGUUUAUAUAAAUCACAUCUGCUCGUCACCUCCAUCCAGCUGUUCCUGUCUACAUCUCCUUUUCAUCAUCAACAACUCUCCAUUCACUCAAUUGACUCGUUUCCACAUUAUAGACUCAUACACAAAAGUCAAUUCCCUAAUACACACACCUUCCAUCCAUCAUGGGCAGCCUCAAUCUUCCAACCGAGCAAUGGGCACAAGUCGUCGAAAAAGUCGGCGGACCCGCCACCUACAAGCGAAUCCCCGUCCAGCAGCCCGGCCCCGAUGAGGUUCUCAUCAACGUAAAGUACUCGGGCGUCUGCCACACCGACCUCCACGCCAUGAUGGGCGACUGGCCCCUCGACACAAAACCCUUGCCCCUCGUUGGCGGCCACGAGGGCGCCGGCGUCGUCGUCGCCCGCGGCAGCCUCGUCACCGACAUUGAGCUCGGCGACCUCGCCGGCAUCAAGUGGCUCAACGGCUCGUGCCUCAGCUGCUCCUACUGCCAGAACAGCGACGAGUCGCUCUGCAAAAAGGCCCUGCUGUCGGGCUACACCGUCGACGGCACGUUCCAGGAGUACGCCAUUGCCAAAGCCGCCCACGUUGCGCGCAUCCCCAAGGGCACCAACCUCGAGGCCGUUGCGCCCAUCCUCUGCGCGGGCAUCACCGUCUACAAGGGCAUCAAGGAGUCGCUCGUGCGGCCCGGCCAGACAAUCGCCAUUGUCGGUGCCGGCGGCGGCCUCGGCAGCAUCGCCAUCCAGUACGCCAAGGCCAUGGGCAUCCACGCCAUCGCCAUUGACGCCGGCGACGAGAAGCGCGACCUGUGCCUCAAGCUCGGCGCCACCACCUUUAUCGACUUCACAAAGAGCAAGGACAUCGUCGCCGACGUAAAGGCCGCCACGCCCGACGGCGAGGGCCCCUACGGCGCGCUGCUCGUCGCCGUGCAGGAGAAGCCCUUCCAGCAGGCCACAUGCUAUCUGCGCUCAAAGGGCGUCCUGGUCUGCAUUGGUCUCCCCGCCAACGCCAACCUCUCUGCUCCCGUCUUCGAUACCGUCGUGCGCAUGAUCAACAUCAAGGGCAGCUACGUCGGCAACCGAGCGGACACGGCCGAGGCGCUGGACUUUUUCGCACGAGGACUGAUCAACGUUCCUUACAAGUCCAUUGGCCUGAGCCAGCUCCAGAGUGUCUACGAUUUGAUGCACGAGGCCAAGAUUGCUGGCCGCUAUGUUGUUGACACCUCCAAAUAGAUGUUGUGUGCUUGAAAAAAAGUGUUCAAAAGCUCAACAAACAAGAGAGUUAAAAGGCAAGAAAAGAUAAUGAUUCAGAUACAAAUCUAGGAGUAUGGGCUGGCGGUUUGGUGUGGGCGUGGGCGUGGGCAUGGAAGAGUUUGUUGUUUGUUGGGCAAGGAUUGACUUUCCAUUUGAUAUGUACUUAUAAGUGAUGGCGGGGUGUAAAGGUAACGAGAUUACGGCAGCUGUUUGUAUGCGAUUAAUGAUAUGAAAUAUGAAAUAUGAAAUCUACUUGAUCAGCUUGUUCUUUUC